AGAUCCUCUAUUCGAAAUCAGUUCUCAGCGCGCUCAGUAGAUCGAGAUCCAAGCUCUGACUAGAAGUUGCAGAAAUGGCCCGUCUUGUUGUUCUCCUUUUAGCCGCCGUCGUGUGCGUCAGCGCCAAAUCUUUUAAAGAAAAGAGAGGCGCCAUCCCAUGUGGAUACCAAUGCACCGCCCCAAUGUGUGCACCAACCUGCCCAACUUACUGCUGUGCCCCACCACCACCACCCCCUCCCCCACCACAGCAGAUUCACCACACCACCCACAUCCACCAUCACCACGUUCACCAUAUGGGACCUCAGGCUCCAGCUAUGCCUGCUGCUCCUCAGCCAGCACCUCCACCAGCCACCGUUCAGAGCCAGCAGCACGUAUGGGAAUACAUGCCACCACCACCACCUUGCCCAUGUCCAGUCCCGGCUCCUCCCCCAAUAGUCGUGCCUGCCCCACCAUGCCCACCACCCUGCACACCACAAUGCUGCGCUCCCGCCCCAGUCUGUCCACCAGCCUGUCCACCCAUGUGCUGCAAGAAGCGAUCAUCAUAAGUUAUCAGCCGUGUACAUACAGGGACAGUGACUGCGAACCAGAUGUUGUGAUAUAUGGGGUUGUUUUAUGGUGUAUCUUUAUGGCGUCGGCGGUGAACUCUACUUCGCCAAGAAAACGACCGAAUGGAAACUCUUUACGUUGACGUAAUAAUAACAUCUAUGUACGGACGUUUUGUAGAAUAUUUUGCGUUCUAGUGACAAAUUUGUGUGCUCCUUUAUGAAGCUUAAAGUUCCCGUCAGAAUUCAAAUAACUUAAUAAAAUGUUGUUAAUGAGAAA